UAUCUGCCCGUGACCGGUUUUGUUUAUGUUAAAGAUGAAAUUUUUGUGGUUAAAGUGAAAAUUGGUGUUGCUUUAUAUGUGAAACGGCAGUCUUUCAUGAGCAGAUAUUUGGGUAUAAAUUUGCAUUCUUUUAACUGUGCAUCGAAUUGACUUGAUGAUUUGGUUUCAUGCAACUGGGAUGAGGCCUAUUGUUUGGUUUUGCUAACUUGUUUAGUUAUGCCUGGGAGGUUUGAAUGAGGCUGUCUAGAGCUCACUCUUUCAGCAAUCUAGGCUGGUUUUACGUAGCCAUCUGAAAACCCAAUGCUUCUUUCGUGUUUGAGUUUGUUGAUUAUUGCUUCUGCGCAUGGGCUGGAGCAAGUAGCCUGUGACUGCUAUCAAGGAGAAGAAAGAAUGCCACUAACAGUGAACAUUUAGAAUCAGCAAAUGCAGGUACUCCGUAGUUAUUUAGGUUUCUGCAGAAAUUCUUUAGACUGUGAUACAAUCGAUUGUAUAUGCUGAGCCAAAUGCUUUAAAUGGACAAUUAGCAGUUGCACACACUGGGAUGGUUUUUGGAAUUUCUUUAUCAUUGUACACCUUACUCAUAUGCUUGUCAACCUUAGUGAAUAAAAUUGACUGGCUUGUAAUUGUACCAAAAGAUGUCUUGUCUGGUCAUUGAGUUGAUUGAUGAGAAAGUCUGAAAAUAUACAUGUACCAUUAGGUAGAGAGGCUUGGCAAGUACCAUAGUGAAGUGGACUGGUGCUAAGGUUAAAUAAGUGUUACCUUGUAUCAUCUUAUAUUGUGACUUGUUCCUCUCCUCCUGUGGCACUGGUUUGUGGUCACCCAGGUCAAGGGACGGCUGAAGGGAAAAGAGCGUUAUACCACUGUAACUAUUGUAAAAAAGAUAUAACGGGGAGAACUCGUAUAAAAUGUGCUGUAUGUUCUGAUUUUGACCUAUGCAUAGAGUGCUUCUCAGUUGGUGCUGAGGUGUAUCCCCAUAAAAGCAAUCAUCCAUACAGGGUUAUGGAUGUUCUUUCUUUUCCACUUAUCUGUCCAGACUGGAAAGCUGAUGAAGAAAUGUUACUUCUAGAGGGGAUUGAAAUGUAUGGCAUGUGGAACUGGGCAGAAGUUGGAGAGCAUGUUGGGACAAAGACAAAGGAAGCGUGCAUUGAGCAUUUCAGAAAUGCAUAUCUAAACUCCCCAUACUUCCCUCUUCCAGAUAUGACACAUGUGGCGAAAAAUAGAAAGGAACUCCUUGCAACGGCAAAAAAUGAAGAAAAGAGAGGAUUUUCUGCACUCGGAGAACUUACACCAAAGGAUGAAUCUCAAUUUUCCCCAUCAAGAGUCAAAAUUGAAGACCAACAUAAAAGUGGUCCUUCAGGUCGUCUGCCCUCUGCUGUAAAUGCAGGUACCACAGGUAAGAAAAAGGCAUCAAACAAGGUCCAGGUCAGGGAUCGACACGAUUCUAUGAAGCCAAAAGGCAAGAGUUUUGAUAACAAUAGAUCCAACUGUUCAAAGGAUGAAGGCCCUUCCCUGAUGGAACUAAGUGGAUAUAAUCCAAAAAGACAAGAAUUUGACCCAGAAUACGAUAAUGAUGCUGAGCAUUUACUGGCUGAUAUGGAAUUUAAAGAAACUGACACUGAGGAGGAGCGUAAGUUGAAGUUGCGAGUACUGCAUAUAUAUUGGAAGAGGCUUGAUGAGCGAAAACGUAGGAAGGAUUUUAUUCUAGAUAGGAACUUGCUCCAUCAAGAUGCAUUUGAGAAGGACCUGUCUCAGGAAGAGAAGGUUUUGUGCAGACGUUAUGAUGUCUUCAUGCGUUUUCAUUCCAAAGAGGAGCAUGAAGAAUUACUAAAGGCAACUGUUGCAGAACAUAGAACUCUUAGAAGGAUUCAAGAACUUAAGGAAGCACAAGCUGCAGGGUGUCAUUUUUCAAAUGAUGCUGACAGAUACUUAGACUGGAAAAGAAAGAAGGAAACUGAACUGAAUGGUUGUGAUGAUGGAGGAAACAGUAUGGCUUUUCUUAAUGGCCCUGUUGCUUCAGACUCCACUGAUGCAUAUUCAAUCAAUUUGGACUUCGUAUCAUUUUCUGAGGCAGAACUGCUCUCUGCAUCUGAGAAACGUCUUUGUGGUGAAUUGAGGCUGGCUCCUGCUCAGUAUCUGAAAAUGGUGGAGGUCAUGACGACACAGAUCUUCAGUGGAAAUAUUACCAAGAAAUCUGAUGCUUAUUCAUUAUUCCAAAUUGAACCAACGAAAGUCGAUAGAGUUUAUGAUAUGCUUGUGAAGAAGGGCAUUGCUGGUCCCUUGUGACCCCAGAACCAGAUUGUGAAGAUUCUGCACUUCCCAUAUUCACUCCAAACCCUCGUAAAAAAUAAAACAUACCUGUACAACAGUAUAACUGCCCAGGGGGUUAAGGGGAGGAAAUAAGACGUGGAAGGGUGUCUAUGCUGGGGAAUUAAAGGGAUAGGGAUUGUGUACGACUACGACUUAACAUGACAAAGAUUUGUGAUUUUUUUCUUCUGUACAGAGGAAGGAUUUGGUAAUUCCCUAGAUCUGAUGGGCUUGCGGGUCCGGUUAAGUUAGAACAAACUUUAUAACUAUUUUCCCUGCUUAUAAUUAGGGUAUCAUCCACUUUGACAAUGCAGCAGCACUCGAGCUGGCUUCCUAGAGCUAUAGACAUGUACAAAAGCUGUCUUUUGGCUCAUGUUUGUAACAUUAUUAAUUUUUUAGGCUAUAAAUUUGAAUGUUUUCUAGCA